AUAAACCGGUGAGAGUAGCUACUGUAUUUAAAUAGUUUAAUAUAAUGGGAAAUACAUUAUGCAGCGUUGGCCCAAAUUCAGAAUAGGGCAAGUGUUGUUUGGCUAAGCACGUCCGAAAUCCAGCUAAGGUAAGAUGCCCGUUGAGUAUCCACCGCUGACUGGCUCGGAACACUGGAAACGCAAAAUGCGCACCGUAUUCAGGGCCUUAGAUUCUAACCAUGAUGGGCGUCUUUCCAGAGAAGACAUGGUUUUGAGUGGGAAGCGUGCAGCACAAUAUCUGGGUCUAAAUGAAGACCAAACUGAAGCUAUUGUGAAACUGCGCUUGCAUAUCUGGAAGGCAACGAUCGAAAAGAACCCAAAAGGUGAAACGGCCGAAGAGGUAACAUUCGAUGCGUUUAUACAGAAUCGUAUCCUGGCCUUCAACGACAUGAAAGCCCGACAAGAGCUGUUCUCUCGAGUCAUUCCCGUGGAAUUCAACACCAUGGAUACAGAUGGCGAUGGCAAGAUUUCUCCCAAGGAACACGCUGCUUAUUUCCAUAGUUUAAACAUCCCCACGGAGCACUCGAAGAAGAUCUUCGAUGUCAUGGACACCAACAAAAAUGGCUACAUCUCCGUUAAAGAGUUCGGUGAGGCGCAUCGCGAUUUUUGGCUGGGGGAAGACCCAAACAGCAAAUACAAUGAGUUCCUCGGUCCUUUGGUUGACUGAAUAUUAAGUGAUUUAGUAACCACUAAAAAUGAAUAACAGUUAAAUACAAACAAAUACGAUUUCAAAGAAAACAUACGGUAACAAUAGGCUUUAUGGUGAAGCUAUAUUGACACACGUCAAUCACGUGACAGCUCAGACAGAAUUACAGUAAAUGUAAGAAUAAAAAACGCUCCGUAUUACUCGUAUGUAUCAAUUAAAUAUGUAUAUGAAUAAGGCUUAUCACAUGUGCGUUAGCUCAAAGGUUUUCAAUAUUAAAUGCCGUCUUAUUUCUUGACGCCGAAAAACGAUUACAAUACCUGUUUAUGUUCCAAUUCGAGUGAUGCAAUAGGUAAUGUCUUUGUAUCGAGACAUUGCAGUUUUACAUGAGAUUGACCGAUUAAACCAAAUAUGGGAUAUUAUAGUGCAGAGCUGUUUCUCAUGAUUUCAAGCUUCACGUUUUUUUG